AUGCAGCCUUCCCACGAACACCAGCUCCAGCUGCAAUCCAGUGAUGGUGCCGUCAGUGACGAGAACCGCCGCGUACUCGAGUGGAUCGCCCAGAUGAUGAACCCUCAGACACGUGAGGGAGCUUUGCUUGAGCUGAGCAAGAAGAGGGAACAAGUUCCCGAAUUGGCUCUGAUCCUGUGGCACUCGUUUGGUGUCAUGACUUCGCUCCUUCAAGAGAUUAUCUCUCUUUAUCCCCUAUUGAACCCCUCGCAGCUCACCGCCGCUGCCUCCAACCGUGUCUGCAAUGCUCUGGCUUUGCUUCAGUGCGUGGCUUCGCACGGUGAGACUCGUGGUCUCUUCCUCGGUGCUCAUAUCCCUCUCUUCCUCUAUCCUUUCCUCAACACAACGUCCAAGUCCAGGCCCUUUGAAUACCUGCGUCUGACUUCUCUUGGUGUCAUCGGUGCGUUGGUCAAGAACGACAGCUCAGAGGUCAUCAACUUCCUCCUCACAACUGAGAUCAUUCCUCUCUGCCUCCGUAUUAUGGAAACUGGUAGCGAACUCAGCAAGACCGUUGCUAUCUUCAUUGUUCAGAAGAUUUUGCUCGAUGAUCUUGGCCUUCAGUACAUUUGCCAGACCUACGAGCGAUUCUACGCUGUUGGAACCGUGCUUAGCAACAUGGUCAACCAGCUAGUUGAGCAACAGACGGUGCGUCUGCUCAAGCAUGUCGUGAGAUGCUUCCUUCGCCUUAGCGACAACGCCCGCGCUCGCGAAGCACUCCGCCAAUGCUUGCCCGAACCUCUCCGCGAUGCCACCUUCUCUUCAGUGUUGCGCGACGAUGCCGCGACCAAGCGUUGUCUGGCACAACUGCUUCUAGCUCUGUCGGACCAAGUUGUCGACCCCUCGCAGCAGAGCCAGUCUAACCUUCUUCCCUGA